GAUAUCUUUAAAUUUAAAAUAUACUCAAUAUCCGUCCCAAAUAAAUGCAUGCUUGUUACCCAAAAAAAUCAUGCAUGUUACCGAUACAUAAAGGUAAAAAUAUCUUUCUUCAAAAUUUGAUUCCCUUUUGAUAGACAUAAAGCCGAUACAAUCGGCUUCUUCACUUUUACCCACUUACUUUAAAAUACUAGGGUUUUUUACUCCACCACACACCUCUAUCGGCUUCUUCACUUUUACCCACCGAGAGAGAGAGUUCAAAAGAUUGAAGCACAGAGAGUUCAAAAGAUUGAAGCACACUCGGACUCAUCCAUGGCAUCUUCUUCACAGGCGAAUGUCCCAUAUCUUCGUCGCGACACUAUAGACCAGACGGAGGUUGCUAUCAGCACCUACUAUAGGGAUUCACAUUUUCCGGAGCUGGUUGAAACUUUAAAUGUGGUCGGCGAACAGUGCAAUUCAAAUUUAUUGGGAAGAUUUAGAGCAUCAUGUUUUGGGCAUUUCACUGAUUGGAGGCCCGGCGCGAAGAGCAAUAAAGCAUUACACCAGAUUGUAUCGAGGCAGAUUGUGUCAGAAGAAAAUGAGAUGUGCUUCUUUCUGUGCGGAGCACGAGUCAGAUUUUCCCCUGCGGACUACGCAUUAGUGACUGGGCUCAAUUUCGGGGGAUCGAGGUUCGAUGCGACAUUACAGCACGACUGCAGUCGCGUGGAGGCAUACCGACGAUUCUGCGGUGCGCGAAGCAUGACCAUACAGUCGCUCAUCAAACGCGUGUGCGAUUUGGAUCGUCGAGUGGAUGAUGAGGAUGGGAGCCUGUACCUUCGUGCUGUCCUCGUGUGUGUGGCUCACACCCUUGUUCUUGGGUUGGAUGCGCGGGUACAGCCGUGGCUUUGGGUGUUGGUGGAUGAUCUGGCUGCAUUUGAUAGAUUCCCCUGGGGAGAGAAAGAGCUGCCCAACUUCCGCCAAAUCCUCAAGUUAUUCCCCAUCUCAAUCAUCAAUACCACAACAGCCAACCAACAAGCUAGAUACUCAAGCGACACGGCGAAGCAGAAGAUUCCAGUAGCAGCAGUGGCGUCGGAGCUCGAGGGAGCGACACUAGCGACUUUACCGAACCUUCGAACGGCAGCAGCAGCGGCGUACUCUUCUCGCCGGUUGCUCAGUGACAGCACGGCGGCGCUGGAAGGCUUAAGCAGCGGGCGGCGGCAGCGCUCCUCCAGCAGGCGCUGA